AGCCUCUAAUUUGCACUGUCACUCAAUACAUCUCGCUGCUAAUUCCGAUAAUGGCGGAGGCUACUUCGGCCGCCGUUUCUCCCCCGCCGCCGCCGCUCGAUGUCGGCUCCCGCUUCCCGCUCCACUUAAUCAAAUCCGAGAUAAUUCCUCCCGCUCCCUCACGAUCCCGCUGUGGAUCCGCGGCGGCCGCCGAUUUCCUGCUCGACUUCGCCGGGCACUCAUGGAUCGCCUACGGCGCCGCCUCUCUCGUAGUCAUAUCUCACUUGCCAGACCCUCUAUCGGAAGCAGAAACGAGAAUCGGGCCGAUAUAUCAUCAAGUGAUCGAGCUAUCUCGAGAAGCCGACGCUCACGUUUCCGCCGUGUGCUGGUCCCCUGCGACGCCGUCCAUUGGCGAGCUUGCGGUGGCGUUGGGUGAUCGCAUUUUUUUGUUAUCGUAUGGCGGAGAUGAAAAUCCAACCAGUUCUUUUUGUUGGAGGCAGACUACAAUGCUUGUCUUAUCCAUGAAGGUUGAGGCCAUCCAGUGGACAGUUUCAGGAGAUGGAAUAAUUUCAGGAGGCAUUGAUGUUGUAAUGUGGAGAAAGAAGGAGAAGUCGUGGGAAAUAGCUUGGUCAUUCAAACCAAAAAUCCCUCAAGUUCUUGUCUCUACCACCUGGAGUGCCUGUGGUCUUUCAGCUACGGCACCAUGGAGUGAAGUACAAGUUGGAGGUUCGUCUGCUUUCCCCAAUGAUGCAGGAGAUUGUGUAUUAGUUUUUCAAUUUGAUGGACAUUCUAAAUAUCCACAACAUGAGCUGCGUCAUCCAAUGCCUAUUGGGAUGAUACAGUGGAGGCCUUCAACAGGAAAACCACCAAGUAAGCAUGCUAAGCAUGCCCAGAGACCAAUCUUGUUAACUUGCUGCCUUGAUGGAUCUGUUAGGUUAUGGGGUGAAAUUGAUGAUGGGAGGAUUAGAAGAAAUGUAAAGGAUAAUAGUGACCACAAAGCAAAGUUAUCUUUUUGUGUCCUUUCUGUAAUCGAGGUAAACCAAACACUGAAUGGUAUUCUGGGCUCUGAUGUCUUUGUAAGAUGGGCAAUGGACGUUGAAGGUGUGACUGUUAAUGAUAAAGAAGUAUGCUACUAUUCAUGCUCAGACAAUCUUCAGCAUGAUACAGCUGCUAGAUGCGAGUGGUUGAUUGGUUUUGGUCGAGAAAGGGUGAUAACGAUGUGGGCUAUUCACUGUCUUGAUGAUUUUGCUCCAGUGAGAUUCCCAAGGGUUACUUUAUGGAAGAAGCAUGAUCUAGUCAGCUCUGUAGUGGAACCAAGUCAAUUGCUUAUGCAUAAAGUGUGCAUUAUGAGGACUCAAGUUUCUGGCUCUCCCGCUCUUUGCUCAUUGGUUCAACUGUCACCUUGUAAUUCAUUCUCUUGGUGGCAAUUAUAUUCUCAAACCUCAGCUAGCAUGAAAUUGGAAUCUGCUAGUGACGUUCAUGCCAACAGCUCUUUGGCAGCUUGUGCCAAAGGAGUGCUAGAAGUUGAAGGUCACAUCGAUAAAAUUUUACAGAUUGCAGUUCAUCCGUUUUCUUUUGAAGUUAAACUCGCUGCUUCUUUAGAUAGAAAUGGAAUGCUUCUUUUUUGGUCAUUUUCAACCUUUUUCAAUAGUCAUAUUGGCCAGCCAAUAUCUACACCCUCUUGGAAACUCUGUGGAAAACCUGCUAUUAUCGAUCACUCUCCUAAAUACACGUGCUUGAGUUGGGCCCCCACAGUGCUAGGUGACAGUAAUGUUCUUCUCAUGGGACAUUCAAAUGGCAUUGACUGUUUCUUGGUUAAGGUUUUGAAAAACAAUGAACAGAAGAUCACUUAUCACAAUUUAUUUUCUUUGCCCUUAGUUAUUGAAGGUCAAGAACAAGUGCUAACUAGAAUGAGCUCCAUCCCUUUGCCUUGCAACUGUGAUGGGAACUCCGUUUCUAGUAAAUUUUUGCUUAUAGCAUUAUGGAUGGAUACUUUUAGGGCUUUAUCCUGGGAAAUAACCAUCCAUUGCGAUUAUUCACAAGGGAGCUGUUUGAAUGACCACUGGAAAACAUUUGAAGGUGAUUUUUCUGGUAAGCAGUACUUGGUUGCAGUCGACCCUGCCUCAUCAGUCAUUCCUGUGACUAACAACGAUGACAAGGUUACUAGUUGUGCUGUAGUCUGCCCCAGUGACUUGGUUUCAUCUUCACAAAAGCUGAGUUCUCCCGAUGAGAUUGGCAGCACUUGCUAUGCCUAUCAUAUGAUAACUGGUUGCUUCAAUGGCAGCUUAAAACUGUGGAGGAGCAUGCCACUCGAUUCUUUGAGCUCAGAUAAGAAGUGGGCUCUUGUUGGGGUCCUUACUUCUCAGCAAGGUCCUAUACUAAAUGUCUCUAUGAGUCCCUGUGGCCAAAAGAUUGCUUCUGCCUCCAAAAAUAGUCUAUCAAAAAAUCAUUCUACUACACUUUGCAUAUGGGAAUGCUUGCAUGUCAAAGGUGUGGGCAGCUUCAUGCUGGAAGAUAAACUUUGUUUUGAUGGGGUGAUUGUUGCUUUUAAUUGGUUAAAAAUGGGAAUUGGUCAGCUAUUACUUGCCGUUUGUUCACAAAAUGAUUUGCGGAUAUAUGCUUCACGACGCCGUGGGGGUCAAGGUGAAUUAAAAUCAGAGAAGCCUAUGGAAGAAAAUGCUUGGAUAUGCAUUGCAGCUAAGAGUAAUCUACCUCCUAUUUCUGACUUCCUUUGGGGCCCUAAGGGCACAGCUGUAGUAGUUCACGACAAGUAUUUUAGUAUUUUCAGUCACUUUUUGUCGUUAUCUGAUUACACUGGCUCCCAUGACAUUGUGCACUAUUCAACUUUCACUGAUUCUGAAAAAGCACUAUCAAAAAUUGGAGGCAAAUAUGAGUCGCAGCCCCCUGCAAAGAUGAAAAACAAUGUUGAGAGCUUCCAGUGGUACAGUUAUGCCACCGAAAAAUGUUUCUGGAGCAUGUCAGAAAUAGCCGAAAAGAUAGGAGGAUCUUUGCCUCUAUUUCACCCAGAGGCCCUUUUUAAUAACUUGUGCUCAGGUAACUGGAAACGUGCGUUUAUAGCUCUACGCCAUCUUGCUAAACAUCUUGCUUCUGGCACUUUGUCUGAACAAGGUCAUGGUGCUAAAAUGCCUAGCAGUUUAGUUUCACCAGUUCCCUUGUCAGAUUAUCUUGAUGGGAUUCUUCCACUUCAUUCAAGUGGUAACGUAUUUCAUUGGAGUACAUCCCAACUUCACACGGGUUUAUUUAACUCUGUCCCGGAGGGUGGUUAUGGUGCUCAUAAUUCCACCAUGACUUCAUCGCUGUCCAAAUCUGAAUUUGAUGGCUUCAUUGAAUCUCUUGAGAGUUUGCAUUCUUAUAAUUGCAUAAAUACAGACGAAAAGAUACAGGCCAUUGCACUUGUUGAUCUUCUACGAGAAGUUGGUAAUGCUAACUCAACUUCUGCUUAUGGAAGUCUAGAUGAACCUGGUCGGAGAUUCUGGGUUGCAGUGAGGUUCCAGCAACUAUAUUUUGCUCAAAGAUAUAGUAGGUUGCCUCUGGUGGAAGAGUUUGUUGUCUCUCCAGGACUCAUUGGGUGGGCUUUUCAUUCAGAUUGCCAUGACAAUUUGUUUAAUUCGUUACUACCAACAGAGCCAUCUUGGGAAGAAAUGCGCAGUAUGGGUGUUGGGUUCUGGUAUACAAAUGUAUCGCAGUUGAGGGUUAAGAUGGAAAAGCUGGCUAGACAACAGUAUAUGAAGAAGAAAGAUCCUAAGGCCUGUUUACUCCUUUAUAUUGUGUUAAACAGGCUUCAAGUUUUGGCUGGCCUCUUCAAAAUAAGCAAAGAUGAAAAGGAUAAACCAUUAGCGGGAUUUCUCUUUAGAAACUUUCAGGAAGAUAAACAUAAGGCUGCAGCUAUUAAAAAUGCUUAUGUACUAUUGGGAAAACAUCAACUGGAGCUAGCAGUAGCUUUCUUUUUGCUCGGAGGAGAUGCUUCUUCUGCUGUGACAGUCUGUGCCAAGAACCUUGGAGAUGAACAGCUUGCUCUUGUAAUAUGUCGUCUCAUAGAGGGAUGUGGUGGACCUUUAGAAUGCAAUCUCAUUGUAAAGUUUCUCCUCCCAUCUGCACUAUCAAAAGGCGACUUCUGGAUGGCAAGUUUUCUAGAGUGGCUAUUGGGAAAUUAUCCCCAAUCGUUUUUCAGAAUGCUUGGUGCUGAAGUGGGUUCGGAGGUCAAUAUUUCUGUCCUUUCAUCCUCUCAUACCUGUUUUCUGGAUCCAAGUAUUGGUCAAUAUUGCCUGAUGUUGGCAAACAAAACUAAAUUGAAAAAUGCUGUUGGGGAGCUUAAUGCUGCUAAUCUCUGUCGGUGGGCAUCUCUGAUGAAUAUUACUUCCUUCCGAAGAUGUGGGCUACCUCUUGAAGCGUUGGAGAGCCUUUUGUCAUCUGUGAGCAUAUUUGGUGGCCCUACCCAUGGGAGCUUGACGCAUAACCCAACUGGUGAUCUUCCUGCUGAAUUGACACAACCAUCUGUGUAUGAGAACUCCUCAAACUGGAUGUUGGAAGAGACAUCUUUCCAUAUUAUAUCGUAUUGUAAGUUAUAUUUAGCAUUGCAGUACAUGUCAACCUUGAUGAAAGAACAUCCAAGCUCUUUAGAAAAUGAUAGGCCAUCUUCUUUCAAAGAGGCUAUAAACCUGGAGGUUGACCGUCAGGACUUUGAGAAAUUACUGAAGGAAUUUGAAGACAAGUUGACAGAAGCUAUUACAUAUUUCCAGCAAAAAUUCCUCUUGGUUCCUCUCCAUCUAAUUAAAAUGAUUGUAUUGUCUUUGUGCCAUAAUGGUCUAGACUUUAUUGGACACUACAUAUUACAAGAUUAUGCUCCAAAGUUCCUGUCGCAAGAAAAGAGUAAUCGCCCUGAUGAUUUGUUUUGUUCUCCAUCCAAUCUGUUUAAAGCUACUGAAGAAAUGUUAUCACUGUAUGUGAAAUAUAUUGUUGCCUCUUGCAAAAACUGCUUGAGAUCAACAUAUUUUUCCGUGGAUAGUCUUUCUAGUGAAGGCAGGUUAUGCUGGCUUACUGUGUGGGGUUUGUCAGAUCAGGGCAUGACAGAGACAUUUAUGUGUCUAAGAGCUAUGUUGCAGCUGUUCCUAAGAUCCCAAGCUGUAGAUUUUCAGAAGUUACUUUUAUUUGUUGUCAGUUUGUUUGAAUUCCAUAUACUUUUUGCUACAGCUUGGCUUCAAAAGAAUUUCAAAGCUAUUAUUGUAUCUAUUGGACCUAUUCUGUCUAAUUUACUGGACGAAAGUGGCUCUAAUGGGUUGAAGAUGGAGAAUCUGAAUAAACUUAUUAGUGAGGUUAUGGAGUUGCUAGCUCAUGGUUUAGUGUAUGUUGAGUCAGGACAAAAGCAGGAACCAAGCGGAGCAGUUUCUGAUAACAAGGCCUGGCAUAUCAUCAGUUCUUCUUUUUGGGUGUGCAUGUCUAAAUUCUUGGAACAUCAACUCAGUACAUUGCCUGAAGUACCUGAAGAUUUUUUUUCUUCUGGGCCUCCCCCUGUAUUAGAACUUGAUGGAAAUAAUCUACAGCAACAAGCCAGAUUGACCUCUAGCACUUUGGUUCAGUUUCUCAAGCUCACGUGCUCAGAUAUUUCGUUUUAUUGUUCAAAGCAAUUUGCAACGUACCUACUUCAAGAAGCAAAUACUUUGAACAAAAAUAACCUUUCAUCCUUUGAAAAUGGUCUGUAUCAAUCAGGAGGGGAGAAUAUUAAUCCAAUGAUUGAAUAUCCAAAACCAUUAGACCACGGCAAUGAGUUGCCAGAUCUUGAUAAGUUAAGGAAUAUUUUUGCUGGUUCCGAAAUCCUUCGUGGAACCUUUGAGAAAGAGUAUCACAAUUGGCUACCAUACAUUAAGCAAAAGUCAUCUAGUGGAUGGAGUUAUGCAUAUGCAAGCAUCACAGCAGAGUUCGGAUUAGAGGAAAAUUGGGAUAAAGAAGAUGGAUUUGGUAGUCCUCGUGCAAUUGGAUCACCUUUAGCAUGUACAACCCCAGAUCAUCCUUUUAAAACUUCUGAUGAUAAUAAUACAUGUGACUCAAAGAGGGUGAUGCCUUUCCAAAAUCCUAAAGAAAUAUGUAGAAGAAAUGGAGAACUUUUGGAGGCUCUGUGCAUAAACUCCAUCGAUCAAUCCCAGGCUACACUUGCUAGCAAUAAGAAGGGGAUAGUAUAUUUCAACUGGGAGGAUGGGAUUCCUGAUAGGUAUAAAGCUGAAUGUAUUUGGGGAGAAGCAGACUGGCCGCACAAUGGGUGGGCAGGAUACGAGUCCACUCCAGUUCCUACAAAUGGUUCUUCUGCUGUGGGCUUUGGAAGUAAGAAGGCCACACACCUUGGGUUGGGAGGGGCCACAAUUGGUGCAGGCUCCUUGGUGCAACCAGGAGGAGAAUUAACUGGUGGGGGAGCCUUUGGCAUUCCAGGAUAUGCUGGUAUGGGAGCAUCCAGCCUUGAUUGGGAUCUACAAGAAAGUUUUGAUGAGUUCCUUGAUCCACCUGCAACAAUUGAUAGUGUAAGGACAAGCGCAUUUGCAUCACAUCCAUGCAGGCCUUUCUUCUUGGUUGGUUCCAGCAAUACUCGCAUAUACCUUUGGGAGUUUGGGAAGGGCACAGCUACUGCAACCUAUGGAGUACUUCCGGCUGCAAAUGUACCUACACCUUAUGCUCUUGCCACUGUGUCUGCUGCGCGUUUUGACCACUGUGGACACAGAUUUGUGACUGCCGCAUUAGAUGGAACUGUAUGCACGUGGCAGCUUGAAGUGGGAGGAAGAAGUAACAUUCAUCCUACAGAAUCUUCUGUCUGCUUUAACAAUCAUACUGCGGAUGUUACUUAUGUUACGGCAAGUGGAUCAAUUGUGGCUGCAGCAGGAUACAGCUCCAAUGGGGUGAAUGUUGUUGUAUGGGACACACUUGCUCCUCCAGCUACUUCUCAAGCUUCAAUAAUGUGUCAUGAAGGAGGUGCUCGAUCCCUUGCCGUUUUCGAUAAUGACAUAGGGAGUGGUUCUGUCUCUCCUCUCAUUUUAACUGGUGGAAAAGGUGGUGAUGUUGGGCUUCACGACUUCCGUUACAUAGCUACAGGAAGGACUAAGAAACACAAGCACUUGGAUCCUGGGGAACAUAAUAUGAAUGCUUCAUCUUCUGUUGAUAUGCGUAGCAAAACUGGUGACCAAAAUAGGAAUGGUAUGCUUUGGUACAUACCAAAGGCCCACUCAGGGAGUAUCACCAAAAUUUCUACAAUUCCAAAUACCAGUUUCUUCUUGACUGGGAGUAAGGAUGGGGAUGUGAAGCUUUGGGAUGCGAAGAGGGCCAAGUUAGUAUUUCACUGGCCAAAAUUGCAUGAAAGGCACACCUUCUUGCAACCUAGCUCUCGUGGAUUUGGUGGAGUUGUUCGGGCUGCAGUCACAGACAUUCAGGUUGUUUCUAAUGGCUUCCUUACAUGUGGAGGAGAUGGUAUUGUAAAAUACAUCGGAUUUCAAGGCAAUCCACUGGAGACAACAAAUUAAGAUCCAACUCCAUCGCUGUGCCGUUGUCUCACAUGCAAAGAGGUAUCAGACUUCAUCUCAGCAAUUGAGCACACGUGCAACCGGCAAAGUUAUAGUUCCCUUAUCCACCCAGAAUCUGAACAUUGGCAGCAGUGAUCUUGUUUCCAAACUUGGGCGUGGAGCUAACUCUGAGGUUAAAUGCUGUUAUGAUUUUCUUAACCAAUCUCAGCAUUUCUGCCAUCACACUCUCCAGUUUAAUGGGAACUGAACUAACUGGAUGUGGCCAAAUGACACCAUCAUUCAGUUUUGAGAGAGAUUAUGCAUAAAGUCUAGGUCUUAUGCAUUUGAAGCAAGCCAGCAGAGAGCAGUUGGUUAGUUCUUCUUCAAACAGCAUCUGUUGCAGUAAUUGGCUGGAUGCGACGGGAUAGACUAUGAUGGAGGCUUUGUAUAGUGAUUUUCAAACAUAAAUAGGGCACUUCCUUGUCAAUUGUCAAGUGUGUAUGCAGUGUACAUUAUUACGAAUAGAUCAAAUCAAAUGCGCUUUUUAUUUAUUAA